AUGGCUGAUGUGCUUGGUCUUCGCUUCAAGCAAUUAGUCCAACACUAUGAGGCACAAGCACCAGAUUCCAAAAGAAUGCUGAUUGAAACUUUGGAUGGUCUCAUGAAUCACCUUAGAGACAUGAUGGUAGGGUAUGAAAAUGAGCAAGUGCUGUCUUUAAUGAAAGAAAUGGAAGGCAUGGUAGAUAUAGAAGCUUGGGAUAGGCAUGGUAGAUAUAGAAGCCUUAUGAAACGAACAGAGCCGGUUGAUGUACAUAUCAAAAGAAGAUUGGAUAAGAUGAUAGUUACUUGUGAACAACUCUGUAAUAUCAGAUAUAACUCAAACGUAGAGGAGGAAGAAAUUGUAUUGGGUUUUGAUAAUGAAAUAGAGACACUACUUGAUCAACUUACUGCAACUUCUACAAAGCAGCUCCAGAUUAUCUUAAUUACAGGAAUGGCUGGGCUUGGAAAGACGACUUUGGCUAUAACGUUACAUAACCAUGAUUUAGUUAAAUAUACGUUUGACCUUCGAGCCUGGACUUGUGUUUCUCAAGAAUAUCGAAAGAAGGAUUUGUUACUCAGCAUAUUAAGCUCUUUUAUCGAUGAUCUUACAGACGAAUUUUAUGAAAUGAGCGAGCAACAGUUGGGGGAAAAGUUGUACAGAAGGCUAAAGGGUCGUAAAUAUAUGGUGGUCUUCGAUGACAUCUGGGAUUGUAGCGUAUGGAAUGAUCUCAAAAUGUAUUUCCCGGAUGAUAAAACCGGAAGCCGAGUUCUAUUUACUAGCCGUGACACAGAUAUGAGUUUACAUGUACAGUCAGCAAGACCUGCUCAUGUUUUACGUCUUCGUACUGAAGAUGAAAGUUGGGACAUAUUUCAGAAGAAAGUGUUUAGAAUGGGGAUAUGCCCUCGAGGAUUAGAGAAAUCUGGAAGGGUGAUAAACAUUAAAUGUAAAGGUUUGCCUCUUGCAAUUGUUAUAGCUGCUGGUCUUGUAAAAAAUAAUUUCUCGGUUGCCUGGUGGGAGCAAAUUGCUGCAAGUCUACGUUCGUUUAUGGUUAGUGAUCCAAGGCAAUACAUAGACUCGUUGGCUUUAAGUUAUAACCACAUGCCUUCGCACUUAAAACCGUGUUUUCUCCUUUUUGGAGCAUUUCCCGAGGACUUUGAAGUACACACUACAAAGCUGAUUCGGCUAUGGAUUGCUCAAGGAUUCAUACAUGAAACUGGAAACAGAAUGUUGGAGGAUGUUGCAGAGGAUUUCUUGAUGGAUUUAAUCAAGAGAAGUCUGCUGAUGACUCGCAGAAUAAAGGCUGAUGGCCAAGUUAAAACAUGUCAAAUCCAUGACUUAUUGCAUGAUUUUUGCUUGAGAAAAGCCGACGAAGAAAAUUUUCUUUCAAACAAUACUAGGUAUGACAUGGUCUCAUCCGUUGAGAUAAGAAAAUAUCUUCAACGAAGAUAUCUUCAACUGAGUGGAUCAAUUUGUAUCGACUCAUACAAAUACCUUAGGAUUUUGGAUGUAGAGUCUUUUUAUAUCUCCUUAUUCCCUUUAGAUAUAGUGCCCCUGAUUAAUCUGAGAUACUUGGCCUUUCGAGCACAUGAUGGAAGUCCACAUGCAUCAAUAUCAAAUCUUGUUAACCUACAAACACUCAUAAUAUCCUCAAGGAAGAAUAUUGUCGUACCCAAAACUAUAUGGAAUAUGCUAAAUCUAAGGCACAUAUACAUCAAAUCUGGGGAAAAUCUAAUGGAGGAUCCUAUUUGUCUACAAGUGAAUCGUAAGGAUGAUUGUCCUUGUCCUACUGCAUUGGCUAGCUUACAACCCUUAUCCCAAGUAAGUCCUCAAUCUUGCCACAAUAUAUUUUCAAGGACUCCCAAUCUAAGGAAGCUUGGGUUUUGUGGACCCUUAAUUUCAAGGCUAGGUGAGCUGAUAUUUCCGAACUUAGGCUCUUUGGCACACCUUCAAAAACUGAAGUUACUGAAUACAUUUUCAUAUCGUAUAGCAACGAGAUCCUGCAAUCCUAUUGAGUUUCCUGAAAAGCUUAAGAAGUUAACUUUGUCGAAUACUGGCAUGGAUUGGGAAGAGAUGUGGACCUUCUCCUUGCUACCUAACCUUGAGAUCUUAAAAUUAAAAUUUCAAGCAUGCACUGGGGAAAGAUGGGAGACAGGGGAUGCGGAGUUUCGGAAACUCAAGGUCUUGAAAUUGCAAGAUCUGGACAUAAAGCAAUGGGUUUGUUCGAGGUAUAAUUUUCCAAGAUUACAACGUUUAAUGGUUUAUCGUUGUUUAAAACUCGACAGUGUCCCACCUACUCUUGGGAAGAUUUUUACAUUGGAGAUGAUUGAGGUAAAUGGAUGCAGCCUUUCUGCAUAUAGAUCUGCAAUGAAUAUUCAGGAAGAGCAAGAGAGUCUAGGAAACUCUUUCUUGAAAAUCCACGCAAAACUAUAUUCUUAA